GCGGUGGCCCUGUGCGAGCCGCGUGGUCCGCCCGCCUAGUGGCCACUCUGUCCCUGCGGCCUUCGGCCCUCGUCGUGCUGAUGGACCGACGCCCGGCUUCCCAGAACGGCUCUUGGGAAGCGGUGGAGGCGGCGCCGCCGUCGCGGUACUGCAUCCCGGGCGAGCGACUCUGCCACCUGGACGAGGCCAGCCCCGGCAGCGGCACCUACACCCGGCACGGCUACAUCUUCUCCUCGCUCUCGGGCUGCGUGGUGAAGACGAGCGACAACGGCGAGCUGCCUGUGGUGUCCGUGACCAGAGAGACCGAGUCCCAGAUGCUGCCGGACGUGGGAACGAUCGUCACCUGCAAAGUCUCCAGCAUUAAUUCUAGAUUUGCCAAAGUACAUAUCUUAUAUGUGGGAUCCACACCGCUCAAGAACUCCUUUAGAGGAACUAUCAGGAAAGAAGAUGUUCGAGCUACUGAAAAAGAUAAGGUCGAAAUAUAUAAGAGUUUCCGCCCAGGUGACAUUGUGCUGGCUAAAGUGAUUUCCCUAGGUGAUGCACAGUCCAACUACCUGUUGACAACUGCAGAAAAUGAGCUGGGGGUAGUGGUGGCUCACAGUGAAUCAGCAGGUGUCCAGAUGGUACCCAUCAGCUGGUGUGAGAUGCAGUGCCCUAGGACACACACCAAAGAAUUCCGAAAAGUAGCACGUGUACAGCCUGAGUUCCUGCAGACAUAGGUAGCUACAUCCUUUCCCCAUAUUGGGGGCAUCUGUUUCCUACUGUCCAUGUGAUCAAAAGACUUUCCAGAAACCACAUUUGGAAAUAACUGCCUGAAGCUUCCACAGUAUGUGGGGGAUUAUUCCUAUGAUUUCACAAAUGAACUUUCCCCUUUGAAAUGUCAGCAAAAAAAAAAAAAAAAUCAUCCGAUAUUAGAAGUGGCCAAGAAGGUGGUUUCUUUUACUACUCCUUUGAUAGUGCUGUAUAUGUGGCUUAUUUGUUUUCCUUAGGGCAAAUAAAGCGUUUUUACUAAAAA